UUACCAAUACUACACAAGUAAAAAAAGCAACCUCUAAAAAACAAAAGCAUAAUGUAAACAAUUUUCAGUCAGAAACAGAAGCAUCUACAUCUACUCUUACUAAAAAACCAAGUAUUAUACAAAAGAACUUACCCAAGAGAAAAAAAGGUGGAUUACAAGUUAGAAGCUGGGUUUGGAAGUAUUUUGAUAGACUUACACCUCCACCAGAUAAAGCUGCACAUGGAAAAUGUAAAGCAGUAAAAAAUAGAAAAAAAUGUGGAUAUACGAUUGAUACAGAAG